AAUGAGCUUCUUUGCCAGGAGAGAGGCUUUGGCAGCAUAUGUCUCCCCUGUGCCUCCCAUAUGCAGCUCCGUGCACCAGCGACACACAGGCACUUCCCUGGGUCCCUCUCGCCUCGCUCUCCUCCACACUCUCCUCUCUCCUCCUGUGGGUCUGCGCUGUGUGACGGAGGAAUGCUUAUUCCGGAGGCGCGAGGGAAGAGAGGAGAAUGAAGCGAAGUCCUGUCACGAGUCCCUCGUUACUACUGGAGUGAGAUGCACUGAGUGCUGGCCCGGCGUCAGUCUUUUCUUCCACUCAGCUUGAGGGUGUGGCCAGUGAUGCGGUUACCGUGGAGACUAGGUGUAGCCUUCCUUCUGGGGGUGUUCCUCAAUACCAGCUGUAGGCAGUUCACCAAUGCACUGGACAUUCCACUGGAGGUUUUAGCUCACAUAAACCUUGAACAGCUGCCCUCCAUAACGGAGCAGUCUCCAGCCUCUCUGAUCGCUUUCCCCUUUGAUGAAAGCUUCACCGUGAAGUGCGAAGCCACAGGCAACCCUGAACCAGAAUUCAAAUGGACAAAGAAUGGGCAAGACUUUGAUCCCUAUCAGGACCCCAGGUUGAUAACCGUAGAAGAUUCUGGCUCGUUCGUGAUUCUGAACAAUGGCAACCUCACGGAAUUCCAAGGCAGCUAUCGCUGUUACGCCUCCAACAAGCUCGGAACAGCCAUGUCAGAGGAAAUCGAAUUCGUUGUUCCCAAUGUUCCGAAGUUCCCGAAAGAGAAAAUUGAGCCAAUCGAGGUCGAAGAGGGUCAGCCGGUCAUUCUGGAAUGCAAUCCGCCCAAAGGAAUUCCUCCGCUGCAGAUCUAUUGGAUGACCAUUGGUCUGCAGCACAUAGAGCAGGACGAGAGAGUGACCGUGGGCCUGAACGGAAACCUGUACUUCUCCGACGCCGUUCAGAAGGACAGCCGGCGGGAUUACUGCUGCUUCGCCGCUUUCCCCCGCAUACGCACCAUCGUCCAAAAAACAGCCAUGUCCGUCAUCGUUACCAGCACCAAGUCAAUGAGUGACUCUGGGGGCAGGGGCUCUGCAAAUUCCAUUCUGGAGAGGAAGCCCAGUCUACUGUCGCCCUCUGGUGACCGCACGUACACACAUAUCGAGAAGGGAAAGGAACUGCUGUUAGAGUGCAUUGGUGAAGGAUACCCAACUCCGAAGAUUGAGUGGACCAAGCUAGGACAGAAGCUUCCUGACCGGGCUGUAGUGGAAAAUCAUGGCAAGCUCCUCACCAUAGACAAUGUGAAGGAAGAGGAUGAAGGGAAAUACAUGUGCAAGGCCAGAAAUGCCCACGGAGAAGCUGUGCACUACUUCCAUGUGACGGUCGAAGAACCUCCCAAGUGGGACGUAGAACCCAAGAGCCAGCUGAAUAUGAUCGGUGCUGAUGUCGUCAUCAAAUGUGCUGCAUCAGGCAGUCCAACCCCAACUGUGGCGUGGAGGCUGAAUGGACGCCCUCUCAAAGAGGUUCCAGCAGGUAACAGAAGAGACUAUGAUGACACGAUCGUCAUCCACAACGCCAGCCCUUCUGACAGUGCAGUUUACCAAUGUGAAGCCUCCAACCGACAUGGGACCAUACUGGCUAAUGCAAACAUCAUGAUCAUGAACCUGCGGCCGUUGAUCCUGACAGAAGACGGUGUCCAGUACUCGGCGGUGGAGGGGAAAGGAGUGAUCAUGCACUGCAAAGUCUUCAGCUCUCCGCCCUCAGCCAUCAGCUGGAGUAAGGUGGACAGCGCCAGUGCGGUGGAGGGGUCGAGGUUCAGUGUGCAUGAGAACGGCUCGCUGGAGAUCCACAGUGUGGAGAGGGAGGACGAGGGAGAGUACUCCUGCUUCACUCAAAACACAGAGGGCAAAUCCGCCAUUACCGCCAUGCUGGAGGUCAAAGCGCCCACCAGAAUAGUGAACCCUCCUCAAGACCUGCGCAUUCUGGUAGGAACCACAGCCCAGUUCUCAUGCCAGCCUGAGGUAGACCCGUCCUUCACUGACGACUACGAGAUUAUCUGGGAGAAGGAUGGCGUGGCCCUCAAUGACAGCGAGAGUGCAGGGUAUGUUGUGGAGGACGAGAUGCUUCAGAUCAUCAACGUGAGCUUCAGAGAUCAGGGUGUGUACAUUUGUGUGGCCAGGACUCCAGUGGACCAGGACUCUGCAGUGGCACUGCUUACAGUACUGGAUGUACCCGAACCCCCUGAGGAUGUGGUGCUGGCUGAACAUAAAAACAGGACCGUGAAGCUGAAAUGGGUUCCAGGAGAUGACCAUAACAGCACCAUCACCGAUUUCAUCAUUGAAUAUGAGGAGAGUCAGUGGCAACCCGGCAGUUGGAAGGAACUGAUGCGAGUGCCGGGGAACCACCACUCAGCUUUGCUGAAGCUCCACGGCCACGUGGACUACAGCUUCCGCGUCUCGGCCGUCAACGAGGUGGGGAAAGGACGUCCCAGCCAAGUCAGCGAGAGAUACAGAACCCCGGCCUCAGCGCCUGACAAGAACCCUGAAAAUAUCAGGAUCGAAGGUCAUUUGCCACAUGAAAUGGAUAUCAACUGGGAGCCGUUGCCCCCUAUUGAGCACAACGGGCCCGGUUUGGAGUACAAAGUGAGCUACAGGCAGCAGGGUGUUGAGGAGGCCUGGCAGGAGCACAUGGUGAAGAGACACUCAUUUGUAGUGAAGAACACACCAACGUUCGUACCUUACGAGGUCAAGAUCCAGGCCAAGAACCACGCUGGCUGGGCUCCGGAGCCUAGAACAGUAGUUGCCUACUCAGGAGAAGACUUUCCAUCAGCAGCACCAGAUGACGUGGAGGUGGAGGUGAUGAACAACACCGUGGUGAAGGUCAGCUGGAGCCGCGUUCACAAGGACAAACUGCAUGGACAUCUCGGAGGCUACAGGGUGAACUGGUGGCGGCUGCGCAGUCUGCUGGACUCAAAAAAGACACACGGUGAUAAACACACGCUGAUGUUUCCCGGUGACAGAAACCACGCGCUGGUUCCAGGGCUCCGGCCCUUCUCUGAAUACAGCCUCAUUGUCAUGGCCUUCAACGGACGAGGCAAUGGACCAGGGAGCCAUCCAGUCACUUUCAAAACUCCAGAGGGAGUUCCAGACCAGGUUGCUCUUUUCAGGGCUACAGAUAUACAGAAGCAUGCAGUCACACUUACCUGGUCUCCUCCGGUGGAGGCCAACGGAUUUCUCACCAGCUAUAUCCUACAGUACCAGCUGAUUAACAACACAGAGGAAGUGGGGCCUCUGCUAUCUGUGAACAUCCCCAGCGCCGACACCACUAAGUGGCUCCUGCAGGACCUGGAGCCGGUGAGCCGCUACAGGUUCUACCUGCGCGGCUGCACGCGAGUGGGCUGCGGUCCAGCGGCCAGCGAGGAGUGCACCACCAUCCCUGAAGCACCUUCAACAGAUGUGCCCACUUUCAACAUCAGACAGUCCAGAACUCGUCCUCCUCCAAGAAAGUCUACUGUCUCCCCCGUGGCUAAUGCCACAGUUUCCUCCAUAGUCCCGGCUGUGUUGAAUGUUAGUGCCUCAGUUAGUGACAACUUUGCAAAUAUCAGCUGGAUUCCGGGGAAGGAACAAACGGAUUCAGAGUUAUAUGUUGCAUACAUGAACAACCGUAAAGGUAACUGGAAGAUAUCUGAGGCGGUCAACUCCUCUAAGACUUUCCUGGUCAUUGAGGAGCUGGAGCCUGGGACAGAAUAUACUGUACGGCUUAUGACUAAAAGCUGGCUUGAUAAUUCUAGCAUUUUUGAAGACGUUAUCAGGACCAGGGCCAAAGGUUUGGCCAGCAUCCACGGAGGCAUCUCCAACCAGGGCUGGUUCAUCGGGCUGAUGUGUGCCGUGGCCCUGCUGACUCUCAUCGUGCUCAUCGCCUGCUUUGUGAACAGGAACAAAGGAGGAAAGUACUCAGUGAAAGAGAAGGAAGACCUCCAUCCAGACUUGGAGUCUCAAGGAAUGAAUGAUGACACGUUCUGUGAAUACAGCGACAACGAUGAGAAACCCCUGAAGGGCAGCCAGCACUCCCUGGCAGGGGACACGAAGGGAGGGGACAGCGGGGACAGCAUGGUGGACUACGGCGACGAGGACGCCCACUUCAACGAGGACGGCUCUUUCAUCGGAGAGUACGGCGGACGCAAGGAGAGGGCCUCCACGGAAAUUAAAGGAACCAAUCAGAGCACGGCGUGAGACGGCGGACAAAUUGUAUUUGGACAUCACGUACAGAAAAUUGGCAGAAAGGAGGAGCAAAAAGGGAACAAAAACAAAAAUGACAUAAUCCACCCGAAGCGCAUUUUUCAGAAAACGUGUGAAUUAAUGUGUUUCUCAUCAUCCUUGCUUAUGUUAUUUUUUAAGGCUUAGUUUCGCACAUAUUGUAACAGAUCAGUCACGUUCAGCUCUGUAUAUACUUGCGUCGGGUGUUUCUUUUUGUAUUUGCAAAUCUGUCGAGACUUCGGAGCUGCUGGCACUUUUGUUUUCUCUUUUUUCUUUUUGUAAAUGCGGCCUGUGUUUGUAAUCCUGAUGGAGGAUGAGUGGAGAAAGGAAAAGGCUCCUGUCUUAAUUUGUUAUGCUCUGUGAGGUCUCCCUGUUCUUUCACAUCCAUCUCUACUUGUCAAGCAAGUUUUUCUGUGAGGGUAUGAAUCUUGUGUUUUUGUAAUAAUUUUUUCCUUCUCUGUUCAUUCGAGGCAAAUAUUAUUGACAUUUUAUAUUCAGAUAUGCAUUCAUUAAAUGUGAUUUAAUAUGUGUACGAGAAAGUUGUUCAUUAAGUUAUUUCCCAUUUCUAAAGUGAGCAGACUAGAAGACAGAGGGUUGAGUUAUUAAGAAAUUAGAUUCAGACACUGUUGUUUUUCAAACAUAUCCAGUUCUGAUAAUAACUGAUAACAAGCUACACCGACCAUUUCCAGUGCUCUAUACAGCACUGUCCGAGUUGUCUUGUGCUUGCCUCUAUUAACUCGUUGGUGAAGCCGCAUAUACAUUGUCAUCGUGUGAUGCACAUGCUGUGAUGUCCUGUUUGCUCUUUCACCACUUUCAUCAUUGGGGCUUUAAGACAAAGUGUAAUUCAGAUGGAAGCCCAUUCCGACCAGGUAGAGGAGAAAAAUCACCUCCUCCGCUACUUCUUGUAGCAGUAUAGAGCAAUAUUGACUUAGUUUAUCCAAAAGAUGGGUUUGGGUUUAUUUUCUCAAAAUUGAUUAGUCUGGUUUUACUUACUUUCCGAAAAAGUUUGAAUUUACAUUCCAUAAUAAUGACUUAAUUUUGAAUUUACUUAUUUUCUCAAAAUAUUGACUUAGUAUCUCCAAAUAAUGACUUGUUUUCUCAAAAAUACUGACUAAGUAUCUCCAAAAGAUGGCUUAUUCUUUCAAAAUUGAUUUGUCUGGUUUUACUUACUUUCUGAAAAUUUUGAACUGGGAUUUCAUAAUAGUGACUUAAUUUUGAAUUGACUACUUCCUCAAAAUAUUGACUUAUUAUCUCAGAAUAUUAAUUCAGUAUCUCCAAAAUAUGGCUUGUUUUCUUAAAAUUGACUUUGUGUCUCAAAGUAAUUGGUCUGAUUUUUUU